AUGGCACAAGCUGUGCAUACUAUGCCUAACCUCGAGGAGAUCGACAAGCUCCAAAUGAUCCCCGGAGUUCCAUUCUCACAAUACUAUGAAUUCUUCAUGGAUUGGAAAACUCCCAUUGUUAUUGCUGGUGCGUAUGCAUUGACCAUCCAUCUCCUCAACCCAAAAACUGGCAAGCUUUCCCGUGUCGAGGCCAAAAAUCGAGGCGUUGCUGAAAAAUCAUCCAAAAGCAAUCCAUUGAUGACUAGCUUUGUGUUCCUGCACAACCUUGCACUUGCCAUCUAUUCCAUGAUUACAUUCUAUCAUAUGGCUCGAGGUAUCAACAGAUCUUGGUUCCAGCGUGAUAUCAGUAUGCAUGAUGCUUACUGUGACAAAGAUGAAUACUUAUGGAACGACUCUCUUGGUUAUUGGGGCUACAUCUUUUAUCUUUCCAAGUUUUACGAAUUCAUUGACACUGCUAUCAUUCUCUCCAAAGGACGCCGUUCGUCUCUUUUGCAAACAUAUCACCAUAGUGGAGCCGUUUUAACAAUGUGGUCUGGUAUCCGCUACCGCGCAACCCCAAUUUGGAUCUUUGUUUUGUUCAACUCAUUCGUCCACUCCAUCAUGUACUGCUACUAUGCCGCUACUUGUAUUGGUCUUCAUCCACCUGGCAAACGAUACCUUACCUCGAUCCAAAUCAGCCAAUUUAUUAUUGGCAUGUCUCUUGCUGUCAGCUACCUCUUUGUCCCUUCUUGCAUGGAUACUCCUGGUCAGCGUUUUGCCGUCUCUCUCAAUGUCGGUUACCUCCUUCCCCUUACUUAUCUCUUCGUUGACUUUGCUCGUCGCACCUAUGGUAAGCGCAUUGCUGCUGCCAUGGCUUCUAAGAAGGCCAACUAA